CCCCGCCGCCCCCGGGCCGGGGCCGCGCUGCUGCCGCUGCUGGUUCUUCUGGUGCUGCCGGUGCUGAGCCGCGGAGCCGCGCAGGAGCUGAGCCCCCGCGGCAGGAACGUCUGCAGGGCCGGCGGGAUCUGCGGUGGGGAGCCAGUCCUGGGUGCCUCCAGGGAUCGGGUUGCACUGUGGAGGGGUCAGUCCUGCACCGCCCAGGGGCCCGUCAUGCUACUGAGCCUGGACUGGUGGGAUGCAGGAUGCUCUGGGUAUCAUGGUGGAGCUGCCCCGGGCUGCUGGUGAUGAUGGAGUUGGCAGCUCCAGGACCCUCGGAUUUGGCUUCAGAAAGUGAGUGCUGGCACUCUUUAGCUGUCCUGGGGGGUCACAUCCUGCCUGCCUGGCUGGGGGCAGGGUCCUGGGAGGUGGCACUGCCUUGUCGCCACUCCCAAUGCUCUCUGUGUCCCACAGGUCACUGCAGAGCAUCAGCUCAGCUGAGCUUCUCCACAGAGCUCAGGCAUGGUGCUGCCCAGGCUCCUGGGCCAGGCUGGCCCCAGCAAAGGGGAAGACUGCCCACAGCUAAUGCCUCCUGCCUGAGAGAGCUGGAUCCCCUGCCCCUGAUGGGGGCCCAGGCCAUAAAUGCACCUUUACAUCUCACCCAUGAGGUCAGACGAGUCCACAAGGAAAACAUGUGCUGUGAGCGAGAGGGGCCGCAUAAUGGCUCCAUUCAGCAGGGCCGCACGGCGCUGGUGCCCCCUCCUCAGAUUACAACCUGAGUUUCCUAAGGAGGCAUUUCACGAGCCAGAGCAGCCACAGCUCCUGCCUGUGCUGUUCCUCGACAGGGGAGGAUGCAGGGAGCUGUCCCUCCUCUGCUGCCUGUGACCUGCCCAGCAAAGCUGCCACCAUGUCCUGGGGAUGGGGUGCCUGGGUGCUUCCCCUUGCACAGGGACCCCCCCAUCCACACUGGAUGAAGGUUGGGAAGAUGCUGCACCAGUACUGCAGGGCUUGGACUCGCUCCUUGUGCCACUCGUGGGUACCAUGGGGAUGUGCAAGAGGCACUGGCUGUUGAGUAGCACAGUAUCCGUGGGAUGGGCAGGGGGUGGUGUCCAUCUUCCUGUGGGAACAGGACCUGAAGACAACCUGGGAGCUGGGGAUAGUUGGACAGGGAUGGUCCCUAGGAAGCUCAGAUGAUGUUUGCAUCACUUUUCGCCCCUCACCCUUCCGCAAACCCUUCUUCCCUCCCCACCCACCUGCCUGGCACCCAAGACCAUCAUGACUGUGUACAAUGGGCAUGGAGGACAUAUCUCACCAUCCAAACCCAUCCUGGUGACCCCAAUGCCCUGGUGCUGCAGGUCCUGCCCUGUGCCUGGGGCUGGGGGCAGAGGGGCUAGAGGUGGCCUGGGGUCCCAGUGUCCCUCACCUGAGCCUGGUGAAACUGCUGCUUGGAUUCUAGGCUCUACAAAGCCCACCUGGGCAUCUUAUGGAGAUGCCACCACAGGUUUUGGAGGGCUCAGGGGGAGGAUGAUGUGACUUACUGAGAUCUGGCUUACAAGUAGCAAUUCAAGAAACUAUUUAGGGCAGAAGAAAAGGGCGUGUUUGGGGUUCUUCUGGGUUUUGUGUUCUAAAUGCAACUUGUCCCUAAAUUUGAAGCUCUUUUGUAAUUGGUUGCCCAUUGGCAUGACCCUCUCCAAAGGUGCUGGCGGGGAUGCAGGCUGGUGACAGCCUAGGCACUGCUUUGUCCCUGUCCUGCUCUCUUGCCAACGCUCUCAUUUGCUAAUCUUUGGGAUUCACUUACUUUUAUUUUCUUUCUCUGCCUGAAGGGUUUCUGUUUUUGUACACAGUCCUAUUCCUGCCUGCCUUGGGGAUCUCUGUCUGCCUGCACCCUGAAGCUGGGGUUGGGGAGCUGCAGCUGGCAUUGGCUGGGGGCGUGCCACUGGCUGGGACCCGCUGGUACCAAGAGUGCUGUGUGCCACACAGUGGAAGCUGGGUGGCACCAAGUGAUGGGUAACACAAAGAAAGAAGGAGAUUAGCACUGCAGUGAUGCUUGGGAGAAGCAGCAGGGCUGAUGGGAGUGUCAGGGAAUGGGGAAGGUGCCAGUGAUGCUCUGAGUGCCGGGGAUAUGCUAGGUGUCCACAGGGCUCCUCUGCAGUGGGCUGAGCAGGGAGGUCUCACUUGAGACCAUGGGCAGCAGCUCCCACCCAAUCCCCAGGGUCUUGCUCCUGCUUUCAGGGGUGUGAGCCUGCUCCUCAUUGUUCAGAGAGGGCUGUGUUGGUCUGGGUGAGGAGCCACCCCUCCUGCCUCAGGAGCCCUCUCCAUAGCUGUUGGUAGAGAGGAUGUGUUACAGGGAACAAUGUAGGAUACUAAUCCACAAGAAAAAUAUUCUGCCUCUGUGGAAACCCCAAGAUCCUUUGCUGAGGUCCCACUGAUGCUCAGCAUGAGCAGGAUGUGGCAGCGGGCUGGGGCCAAGGCUGGAAUGGAGCACUCAUCCCUGCAGGUGACAGCUCCGUGUCUGCCCACAUCGUGCUCCUCUUCCUCCACAUCAGCUGAGCUUCCCAGUCCUGGCCACAGCUCAGAGGCAGUUUUUCCUUUUUCUUUUCCCAGCAUUUGUAGCACUUUGAAGGAAAGAGAAAGAAAUAGGAAAUGUAUGUGCACUGGAUGUCUUCAUGUGGGUCAGGAGUGAGCUUUGAAACACCUCUCCCAGUUAUCCCUUUCCAGUGAUCAUGGGGCACGUGGAGCAAGCCCUCUUUUAAGGAGCUGAGGCCAUGAAACAUCUUAUAGUCCCACACGCUGAUGGGCGCUGGUCCCCUGCAGCCAAUACUGCCCCUCCCCUGGCUGGCUGUGCUCGGGGACCAGGCCAGGUACCACGCUGUGAGCACUGGUUUCCCAGUGCUGUCCUGGCUACCUCUCCUUGCCACGGGAGAGUGUUUGCUGUCAAAGCUGCUGAUAAACGGGGCAUGGGCUGAGCAGGGUGUGGGAUGCCAUUAACAGGCACAGGGAAAGAGAGAUUAGCUAUCAGGAAAAAGAUAAGCCCAAAAGAUAAGAGGUGGCGGGCUGGAUCCCAGCUGGUGGUGGUCAAGGUGCCACUCACCUCCUCCAGCUCAUGGCAGAAGAGUUUUUCCUCCUACCAGUGUGUUCUAGCAACUCCCAGCUCCCACUGUCAGCUUGGGGCUUUCAUCAGGAAUGAUGGUUUUUGGCGCAUCCCCUAUGAUGCCCUUUUUGGUGGCCAGGCUGAGCCUUUGGGGGGAGGAGGUUUACCAAGUUGAGGGGUUCCCUCUUGCAAACCCAUGAUGGUUUCAUCUAAAACCCCACCAAACUGAAUUUAUAAAGAGUGGAGUGGUGAAAGCAAUCCCAGGUGGAACAGUGGGGGCUUUGCCCAUACCAUGGGAAGGCAGAGGCACUGUGGACCCUUCCCCAUCUGAACAUCCCAGCACAGAUGACAAAGCUUUUCAGAGAGGGCAGCCUGAAACCUCUUGCAGAGGAGAACCUUGACUCCAGCCCACUCAGUCCUCAGGGAGGUGAUUUGGUGGUUGACCCCCCUUUGCUGUAAACCCCUUGCAUCCCCCUGCAUGUUUGGCGAGAGCAGAGCCCUCCACUCGAGCCCCGGGGUCCCCGUGGUGGGGGAUGUACGCGCCACUGCCACCACAGCAUCUUGCGACUGCUUCCACGGGCUGCGUAGAUGGAGCUAUUUUGGGCUCUGGCUGCAAGGCAUUUUUUCCAGGCCUCGAAUCAUUUUUGUGGUUCUUUUCUGCCUCCUUUCCAACUUUUCACCAUCCACGAAAAGGGAGACACGAUGCUCCUGGCUCAGCCAUGUGGGUGCUGCCCGCCCAGGGGCCGGUGGUGGGAGCUGCAUCCCCAGUACCCCAGUUUGGCCAAAGGGCUGCUGGCAGCUCCCUCCCUGGCCCCAGGACGAGGCGGUCUGGCAGCCAGACAUGGUCCUGUGACUGCACUGGGUUUCAAGCGAAUACUUCCUUGCUGUCUCCUCCUCUUCUGCAUUUGUUACGUAUAAAGAGGAAAAGAGAAAAAAAAAAAAAGCCAAAUGCAUUCCAGGCUGUGCUGCAGACCAGCCCGGGUGAAGUUUUCCUUGGCUGCAGCAACUGCUUGGACUGUUUGUGACCCUCCAGCAUCACUCCCAUCACCCGUGGGACCAGGCAGCGUGGAUCACCCUGAGGACAAGUGGGUGGCUCUGGGGAUGAGCAAGGGUCCCCAAACAGGGAAUUCUGUGAGGUUGUGGCACAGGGAUUGUACUCCCCACGUUUGCUUGCAGCAUCAUGAGUCCCUGAACAUUUGCUUGGACCCCCAAGUGCAGAUGAGGUGUCCCUACAUGUCCCAUCCAGGCAGGGAGCUGAGCAUCCCUGGCUGAGCCGCUGAGGGGGUCUGAUCAAGCUUGUGCCAAAUAGGUCUUGCCUGAUGAUCCUGUGCCUGGUGCUCCCUGGAGGUGGUGGCUCUGCAGGACACCCAGGUGCUCAGGGACACAUUCCAAUUGCCUGUAGUUGGCAUCCCCCUGCUGGGGGGCAUCCCCUGGGAACCGACUGUGCUCCAGCUAUUCUGGCCAGGUGGUUCCAGCCUGCCUUUAGGGUGCUGAUCCUAGGCCACCAAGCAGCGAGCUUGAGGUUCAGGUCAUGUUUUCCUCUGGGACAUUUAGAAUCUUCCCUUUUUUCCCAGCUCUGGGGAGGGUUCUGUGGAUUAUUUAUUUUUUUUACUGUAGAGGUUGUAAACAUGACUUUUGCUGUUUCAUCACUCAUUAAAGGGAGGAAGUGGUCUUGUUGUUGCUCCUCUAGUCACCUCAGUGGUUGGUGGGACAUCUGAAGCAGCACCCAUGGGUGCCCCCCUGCAGAUCCAUAACUCAACCCCCUGUGUGCUGAAGGAAGAGCCAAGAGCUCUCUCUGCCCCAUGGGGAUGCAGCAACCCCUCACAGGGCCUCUCAGCACCGUGGUUUCAGUGCUCCUUGUGGGUUAUUGGGAAGGACCAGGACUUUCUGAGUGUUGUAACUUUCGUGAUGCUUUUUCCCCCCUGCAGCUCCUCGGUGCUUGUGUGCUGCCUGGGAUGGAGGCAACAAGGAAGCGAGUGUUUAAUAGGUAAACACUGGCAUUUUGCUUCGUUGGACACUGCCCAUCCUUUGCUGAGCCCUCCUGGCCUCACCAUCACUGUCGGGGGCCACCCUGGUGUGUCCUGUGGCUGGGAUCCCCUGUCCUAGGGACCUGCAGCCAGGGUCCUGCCUCCCUGCAGUGCUCCAAGCCAGCAUCAUGUGGAUGGAAAGGGUGCUCAGGCCCAGACUUCGGUGUCACAGAGCUGUGGGGGUUUCUCUCCUUGACAGACAGCUCUGGGUCUAAGGAUUUGGGGCUGCUGCUCAGGGACUCGAGGGACAGCAAGGUGUCCCGUGGCGUGAAGGUGCAGCUGCAGGAAUGGGACCGAGAUUCCCCACAAGUGUUGCAGCAGCACAGGGAGCUGAGCCAGAGACACUGGUGGAGAAGAAGCUACCCAGACCAGUCACAUGUCUAUCAUGCCCCCAAUGGGGAGAGGCUGCUGGGGCAGGCAGGGACCACCUCACCUGGGUUGGGGCCAUACAAGGUGUCAAAGCUCUUUACUGGGGCCACAGUGAGCCCGGCAUGGAUGCUCAUCAUGAAAUCCUGGGAGCAUCAUCCCCAGCACUGCUACCACAGUGAAGGUGGCUGUUCAGGGUUCCCUGCAGUCUCGGCUGGCCACGGGGCUCACCACACCCCGGGAGAGCCACAGGUGGCAGUUUGCAGCUGGUAGCAAAGCCCAUGUAACCAACUAACCCACAGUGCAUGAGCCCUGUAACCGCUCACUGCAUGCUUUGGGAAUGGGAUGCAUCCCCACUGGAAGGGAGAAGGACAGGAUCUGCCAGGACAGUGUGGGGAGGACAGUCCCACAGUGAGCUGUCCCCAUCUCCUGCCCCCCAACCUUCACUAACUGUUAGACUCACUGCUCCUAACCUGUGUAAUCUGUCUGUUUUAGGGGUUUCUAUAGUAUCCAUCACCGUAGGUCUAACAACUCCCAGCCGUGUGUGAGGGGAACUUCACCUGCAAGGAGAACGAGGUGUGCGUCAGGCCUGGCGAGUGCCGUUGCCGCCAUGGCUACUUCGGCGCCAACUGCGACACCAAGUGUCCCCGGCAGUUCUGGGGUCCUGACUGCAAGGAGAUGUGCAGCUGCCACCCCAACGGGCAAUGCGAGGACGUGACGGGUCAGUGCACCUGCAACCUCAACCGCUGGGGUCCCAAGUGUGAGAACAUCUGCCUCUGCAAGCAUGGCAAGUGCGACCAGAAGACAGGCAAAUGCACCUGCGAGCCCAACUGGUGGGGCCCGCAGUGCUCCAGCUCCUGCUAUUGCAGCCAUAACUCCCAGUGUGACCAGCAGACGGGCAACUGCCUGUGCCAGCCCGGCUGGUGGGGCCGCGGCUGCAACAACCAGUGCUCCUGCAACAACUCUCCCUGCGAGCAGUUCACAGGGCGCUGCCAGUGCCGGGAGCGGACCUUUGGGCCCCGCUGUGACCGCUACUGCCAGUGCUACAAGGGCAAGUGCAACCAGGUGGAUGGGACCUGCACCUGCGAGCCGGGCUACCGGGGCAAGUACUGCCGCGAGCCAUGCCCAGCCGGCUUCUACGGCCAAGGCUGCCGGAGACGAUGUGGGCAGUGCAAGAGCCUGCAGCCAUGCACUGUGGCAGAUGGGCGCUGCCUGACCUGCGAGGCAGGCUGGAAUGGCACCAAAUGUGACCAGCCCUGCUUGCCUGGCUUCUAUGGAGAGGGCUGUGAGAAGGUCUGUCCCCCCUGCAAGGAUGGCCACACCUGCAACCACAUCAAUGGCAAGUGCUCCCACUGCAACCCGGGCUGGAUCGGAGAUCGGUGUGAAACCAAGUGCCGGAACGGGACGUAUGGGGAGAACUGCGCCUUUGUCUGUAGCGACUGCGUCAACGGCCAGUGCCACUUCGAGACCGGGCAGUGCCUCUGCCAACCUGGUUCCCACGGCACCUACUGUAACCUGACUUGCCCUCCUGGACGCUACGGAGCCAACUGUGCUGAAUCCUGCAGCUGCCACGAUGGCGCCUGCGACCCCCUGACAGGCGCCUGUCACAUGGAGGCCAACCAGAGGAUGGGGGUGAUCGGGGCAGGGGCCCUCCUGGCGCUGCUGCUCAUCCUCCUGCUCUCUCUGCUCUGCUGCUGCUGUGUCUGCCGCAAGAAGGACGAAACCUGCAGCUCCAGCCAGGACCCAGCAGCAGCCAAGAAGCCGCCAAAACGCUUGUGUGGACGGUUCAGCCGGAUCGGGAUGAAGCUGCCCCGCAUCCCUCUGCGCCGCCAGAAGCUGCCCAAGGUCGUGGUGGCCCACCAUGACCUGGAAAACACCCUGAACUGCAGUUUCAUCGAGCCACCCUCUGUGGUGGAGCAGCCUUCCCCAUCCUGGUCAUCCCGCGGCUCCUUCUCCUCCUUCGACACCACGGACGAGGGGCCGGUGUACUGCGUUCCCCAUGAAGAGAGCGUGGGUGACAGCAGGGACAGAGGGACACCCGCCAGCACCGAGGACAAGCUGGUGGCCCCCACUGGCGGGGAGGAAGCGGGCGAAUACACAUUCCUGAAGGAGACGGGCUCUGUCAGAGCCUUCCCAGCCGACAGCAGUGAGACCCCCCUGCUCAAGUCCUCGGACAGCGAGCGCUCCUCCUGCGGCUCUGGCUCGGCCGGUGCCGCGCUCUACGCCCGGGUCGCCCGCCUGUCCAAGCAGUCCAGGGAGGAGGAGGAUGCCACUGGGGAGCACCGCAGCCCCGGGAAGCCACCAUCUCCGGAAAGGACCAAGCCCCGACCCCCAGACCCAAGCACUAAGCCCAAAGUCUCCUGGAUCCACAGUAGGUACAACUCUGGCCAGUCCAACUCGCUGCCAGCACCCAGCCAAUCCCCAGACCGAGCAGCUGCCCAUUCCAGCAGCCCCAAGCAAGGCCAGGGCUUGGCCAAGAGGAAGAGGAGCCCGAGCGAGACAUCAGCCAGCAUGCAGGGCAGAGUGGAGGAGAAGGGCGGCAUGCGGGGCAAGGAGAAAAUGCAGAAGCAACCAAAAGAGCCUGGUGUCCCUGAGGGCAAAGCCAGCUUCGCAGGGGAGCCCCAGUCACCCUCCAAGCCCAAGCAGAGGAGCAAAGCCAGCUCAGAGCCGAUGGAGAACAUCAAUGGGGCAGUGCAGAACGCCUUCCGAAAGAUGGGCGCCCUCCAGCCCGAGCGGUGGGUCGGGGAUGGCAAGGAUGCUCCUCGCAGCCCCGGCACCAGCAAACCCCGCUCUGAGCCACUGCAUCCCCAGCUGGCCUCCGAGCUGGCUGCCCAGCUGAAGGAAAAGACUCAGAGCCUCAACAAGGGGGAUGUAGGCAUCCGGGCGAAUGGGGUGGGCACCCAGCGGGAGAAGCCCACCCCUCCACAGAAAGCCAAGCGCUCAGCGGCCGCCAGCGGCCAGAAGACCAGCAAACCCUUGCUGCCCACCUCUCCCCACCUGCAAAAACUGAUCCCUGGAGCGGCCGAGCCAGCAGCCGGGGAGCCCAAGUGGGUGGAGAAGCCAAGUGCUGGCAGCAGCCAGGAUCAGGUUCUCCCUGGUGAGCAGGCAGCCAAGAAAACCCCCAUUAAGAAGCCUCCCAGGAAGAAGAGCCGAGAAGCCAGCCUGGAGCCACCCAGGGCAGCUGCUGUGCCCGCCCAGGCAGUACAGUGACCAGGAGCCAGGCACCGGCCCCACACUGCCUGGCCACACACUGGGAAGGAGGACAUUGCCAGCACAACCAGUGGAUGGGGGAGCCUGGACUGGGCAGGGGGCACUGGAAGAGCCUUGAGCCUCCAUUUAUGCCCCUCCACCACUCUCAUCCUCCUUUUUCCUUUAGUCACCCCCACUCUAGGACCUGGUCCCUCCAUCCAUGCCCCGCUCCUGCUCCCUGCCUGGGUCUGGCAGCUCGCCCUCCCUCCCCACGCAGGGCAGGACCACAGGGAGCCGGCCUGGCCGCCACCCCAGGGGGGUCCGUGCGUGGCAUAUCCCCCCCUUUUUUGUAGCAGUAUUAUUGAUCGCAUAAGCAGUGCUUGUUGUACUCCAUGUGCCCACGGUAUAUUCUGCAGUAAUGGAGCCGCUCGCUUCCUGCAUCCCACUCUGGUCUGUUGGGCUUGCGGAGCACCGGAGAGCUCCUCCCAUUGAGCUACUGCUCAGUGCCCAGGGCAGUGCCGGGGAUGGCCCACAACCAUCCUUGGCAGCAGCCCCCCUGCCCCAGUGCCCUGGGCUCCAGGCACAGCUCUCCAUCGCCGGUCCUGCCGCAGCUGCGCUGUUCCGGCGUGGGGUCGAGCUGGUUUCGACUGAUGCCACCCUCCCCUCUGCCCUGGGGCUGCUCCUGUCCAGGAGGAAGCGCUAUUUAUGGACGGAGCUGGACACCCUUCAGGCUCCCACAACCCAUCCAGCAGAGUUGGAGGGAUUAGUUUGGUACGAGAGAGCCUGGCACCUCUGCAGAGCGCUUUACUAAUAAAAAUGUAUUUCUUCCAUA